AUGCAACAUUUCCUCGCGCAUCAGCAGCAGCAGCAGCAGUACGGCGACUGGCCCGCUCAAACCCAAGCCCAUCACCAGCAGCCCCAGCAUCAUGUAGGUCAGCACGGACAACAUCAAGCGCAAGCCGCACAGUUGCACGCCCAACAACAGGCCCAGGCUGUCCAGGCGGCUGCCCAACGACAGUAUCACCAACAACUCGCCGCCAAUAAUGGCACCGCUAUCCCCGGCAAUAACGCCGUUCCCCGCGGGCCCGCCAACGACGUUCAGGCAUCCGAUAUUGGAAUGACGGAGGAGAACAGGCGCGUUUUGGAGUGGAUAGCUCAGCUCAUGAAGCCUACCACGCGUGAAGCGGCUCUCUUGGAAUUGAGUAAGAAGCGAGAACAAGUUCCGGAGCUGGCUCUGAUUCUCUGGCACUCUUUUGGUGUCAUGGCCUCCCUCCUCCAAGAGAUCAUCUCCGUCUACCCGCUGCUCAACCCUUCGCAAUUGACCGCCGCUGCUUCAAACCGUGUUUGUAACGCUCUUGCGCUUCUUCAAUGUGUCGCUUCUCAUACCGAAACCCGUGGCUUGUUCUUGAGCGCACACAUUCCUCUCUUCCUCUACCCAUUCCUCAACACAACGUCCAAGUCGCGACCCUUCGAAUACCUCCGUCUUACCUCCUUGGGUGUCAUCGGUGCUCUUGUCAAGAACGACUCUUCCGAAGUCAUCAACUUCCUCCUGACAACUGAGAUCAUCCCGCUUUGUCUGCGUAUCAUGGAGACCGGCUCAGAGCUCAGCAAGACAGUGGCCAUAUUUAUUGUCCAGAAGAUCUUGCUAGAUGACAUUGGUCUUGCUUACAUAUGUCAGACUUAUGAGCGCUUCUAUGCUGUAGGCACCGUACUUAGCAACAUGGUCAACCAGCUUGUGGAGCAGCAAACCGUCCGCCUGCUCAAGCACGUUGUGCGCUGCUUUCUCCGCUUGAGCGACAACGCCCGUGCUCGUGAAGCGCUGCGUCAGUGCCUGCCAGAGCCUCUCCGCGACGCCACCUUCUCCUCAGUUCUACGAGAUGAUGCGGCCACGAAGCGCUGUCUUGCCCAACUCCUGAUCAACCUCUCCGACAACGUCGUCGAUGCCGCGAACAACCAGCAGCUUAUGCAUUAA